GGUGUUCGCUGCGUAUCACUGACAGCAGCACAAGCAAACCACAAUAACCCAACCGUUUGAACAGGAUGUCCACCAAAGCCACAAAACCCAGAUUCCAGGGCGGGCGUUGAGAGGGGAAACGAGCUGCAGCUCCUGAUCCUGCUUAUCAGGACCGCCAGCAGCACUGGGCCUGAGGAGAAGACCAGGAUAAAACAGAUGUUUUCACAGAGACGAAGAUGAUUGAGAGUUAAAGACGCCGGGACACUCUCAGGACGGAGGAUGGACCGAGGACACGUGAUCUGGAUCGUUCUGCUUUCUGUUAUCCCAGGCUGCUAAUCUGCCCAUCGGCCAAAAUUAAAGCCGUAAAACAGGCAGGCCGGCGGGGGAUAUCUGUGCCUCGUGUCACGCCAACGCCACGUGCUCAAUCCCGCAGGACGGCUCGGGCCAUGUAUGCAUCUGCAUGUACGGCUUCAUCGGGAACGGGAGGACCCUCUGCCAAGACAAAGACGAAUGUCAGAUCGGAGCGAGGAAGAUCUGUGGCCCCCGCGCCGCCUGCCACAACACCGUGGGCAGCUAUGCCUGCACCUGUAUGGGGGGCUUCAGACCCUCGAACCACAGGACCUCCUUCACCCCGAACGACGGGACGUACUGCCAGGACAUUGAUGAGUGCGGGAGGCACCCUGCGGUGUGUGGAGAGGGGGCGCGCUGUGUCAACCUGGAGGGGGACUUUGAGUGCCGCUGCCUCCUAGGUUACAGAGCGCACAACGCCUCAGAUCCCCUCCAGCCCCUCAGGGACAAGGGCUCCUGCAAGGUGGUGGACUGUGGCCCCCCUCCCGCCGGAGAGGCAGUGCGGGUGCUGUCCACCAACGGCACCGCCUACGGCAGCGUGGUCCUCAUGGGCUGCAAGGAUGGCUUCCUGUGGAGACGGGGAGACAACUCAUCCACAUGUGGGCCGGACGGAACCUGGAGCCGGCCAGCCCCGCUUUGUCAAGUGGUGGACUGUGGCCCCCCUCCCGCCGGAGAGGCAGUGCAGGUGCUGUCCACCAACGGCACCGCCUACGGCAGCGUGGUCCUCAUGGGCUGCAAGGAUGGCUUCCAGUGGAGACGGGGAGACAACUCAUCCACAUGUGGGCCGGACGGAACCUGGAGCCGGCCAGCCCCGCUUUGUCAAGAAAUCCAAUGUGGAGAACCUUUAUCUAAACCGCAUGCAAGGAUGUUGUGGGACAACGGUACCCGCGUGGGCAGCGUGCUGCACUACCAGUGUGAGGAGGGCUACCGCCCCUCCACCAACCGCCACUCCCCCUCCACCAACCGCUCCGUGUGCGGAGAGGACGGACAGUGGGAGGAGUCAGACCUGCGCUGUGAAGAGGUGAGUUGCGGAAUCCCACUAAUCGUCCCUGGAACUAAAUGGAUGUGGGACAGUCGCAGCUCAGCGGGCAGCAAGGUGCUCUAUAUGUGUUCUGCCAGCUAUUACCCGGAGAGUGGACAGGGCAGCUUUAUUUCAACAUGUUCUGAGACCGGAGAGUGGGGACACGUGCCUUUAAACUGCAGAGCUAGGUGUAGGCUCACUCCAUCGCUGGCGCAUGCGGAGGUGGCCUGGUACAACAGUAGCGUGACCGUGCAUCGCUGCGUGGACGGAUACCGCAGCAGCAGAGGGAGCAGCGUCUCUGUUUGUGGCAAUGCUGGGCAGUGGCAGAAGGCAACACUGAAGUGCAUAGAAAUCCAAUGUGGAGAACCUUUAUCUAAACCGCAUGCAAGGAUGUUGUGGGACAACGGUACCCGCGUGGGCAGCGUGCUGCACUACCAGUGUGAGGAGGGCUACCGCCCCUCCACCAACCGCCACUCCCCCUCCACCAACCGCUCCGUGUGCGGAGAGGACGGACAGUGGGAGGAGUCAGACCUGCGCUGUGAAGAGGUGAGUUGCGGAACCCCACUAAUAGUCCCUGGAACUAAACCGAUGUGGGACGGUCGCAGCUCAGCGGGCAGCAAGGUGCUCUAUAUGUGUUCUGCCAGCUAUUACCCGGAGAGCGGACAGGGCAGCUUUACUUCAACAUGUUCUGAGACCGGAGAGUGGGGACACGUGCCUUUAAACUGCAGAGCUAGGUGUAGGCUCACUCCAUCGCUUGCCCAUGCGGAGGUGGCCUGGUACAACAGUAGCGUGACCGUGCAUCGCUGCGUGGACGGAUACCGCAGCAGCAGAGGGAGCAGCGUCUCUGUUUGUGGCAAUGCUGGGCAGUGGCAGAAGGCAACACUGAAGUGCAUAGAAAUCCAAUGUGGAGAACCUUUAUCUAAACCGCAUGCAAGGAUGUUGUGGGACAACGGUACCCGCGUGGGCAGCGUGCUGCACUACCAGUGUGAGGAGGGCUACCGCCCCUCCACCAACCGCCACUCCCCCUCCACCAACCGCUCCGUGUGCGGAGAGGACGGACAGUGGGAGGAGUCAGACCUGCGCUGUGAAGAGCUGAGUUGCGGAACCCCACUAAUCGUCCCUGGAACUAAACCGUUGUGGGACGGUCGCAGCUCAGCGGGCAGCAAGGUGCUCUAUAUGUGUUCUGCCAGCUAUUACCUGGAGAGCGGACAGGUCGGCGCUGUUUCCACAUGUUCUGAGACCGGAGAGUGGGGACAAGUGCCUUUAAACUGCAGAGCUAGGUGUGGGCCCGCUCCAUCGCUGGCCCAUGCGGAGGUGGCCUGGUACAACAGUAGCGUGACCGUGCAUCGCUGCCUGGACGGAUACCGCAGCAGCAGAGGGAGCAGCGUCUCUGUGUGUGGCAAAGCUGGGCAGUGGCAGAAGGCAACGCUGAAGUGCACAGAAGUUAAACCAGCUGUGAAUGACCUGCGCGUCUUUAAUGAAAAGUGUCUGCAGUGGAGGGCAGAGAAGAAUGACGUAGACAAGGAGAUUUAUAAGGUGGUGUUCAGAGGCACCAGAGACUACCAGGGGGCUUUCCGCCAUGAGAAGAGGCAACUCCUCCACUCUUGGGACAAGUGGGUGGAGGUCUGUCUCAGUCUCCUGCCUGCCACCAACUACACCAUCUCUGUCAUUGCGUUAUCCACCAGAUUCACUGCCAACAUCACCACCAACACCAGCCUACAAGUGCCUCAGGCUCCGCUAGUCCUCUACCGAGAGCUGGACGCUCCCCCCGCCACCUUGAGGCUCAGGCGCUCAGCUCACACUUUAGACGCCAUCAGUGUGUACCAGGUGGUCGUGGUGCCUUUAGACGGGACUGUAGUGUUCGACUGCAGAUCCCGGGGGAUACCUGGCUCCUCUCAGGGGGUGCCCCCGUCCAGCCAGUACAUCACAGGGCAGUUCCCUCUCGGCCACAUGAACGACACGGAGAUGAUUUUCACCGUCGGGGACGGACGGUUCCACGGCGGCUUCCUUAAUGCGCCACUCAAGAGAGGAACAAGCUACUACGUCAUUCUGCGAGUGGUCAGCCAGUGGAAAGAGGCUUUCAACAGCUCCUGUGUUCUCUGGGCGAAAGUAACAGAUACAUCAUAUGUCAUGAGAGUGUCCUCGCUGUUGGCUGCUUGCUCUGUUGGAGGUCUCCUGUUGGUCGUCCUGCUUGUAUAUAUUUACAUCUGGUUUUUCAAGAGACGUGAAUCCCGUUUAAACUCUCAAUAAGAUGUCUGUUUUUUGGCAUGAUCAUGUAGGCCUAACUUUCUGACUGUAACCAUUUCAAUGUUGUGAAAAAAAUUGUUAAACAAUUAAAAAGUAAUAAACGAUGUUAUUAGUGA